AUGGAUGUGGAAAGCGACAAUGAGCUACUCACCAAGGUCGCCGCCGACGGCACACUGGAUUCACAAGUUUCUGAGCAGGAACAGAUUGCUCGCGAAGAGUUCUCGAUACCGACCCUUCCGCAUCCGAAACCCGCCGCCCUCCCGCCCACCGAUUCCCAGGGGCGCCUCGCCUCUCCCAUGCCAUCCUCGCCACUGGCCUCCCAAGGCACGGACAUCGCAACAAAAGGCUCACCUGAACCACCUGCGAAGCAACAGGUUCUGCAACCGGGCGAGCUUCCCACUCAGCUCGAUAACAUGCUCAAGCACAUCACUGCCCAUUUGCAAUCCUUCACGACGUCGCCGCCCCAUACGAUACAACGGCUCGCCGAGUUGGUAUUGCGCCCUCGCGCACACUACAGAGCCUUGAGCUCCUAUCUACACGCAGUAGACAGGGUAGUGGGAGUCACGUCCGGCGCGAACCAGUACCCUCUCCCACUGCCCGAUAUGGCUGGCACCAGUGGCGCAGAGAGCGUGACAUGGGGCAACCCGACGACGGCGGCCGCGAGCUUGGGGAGUGAUGAAGCCCUCGGCGGAGCGCUGUUGACGCCCAUCCCGUGGGUGAAGUCCAAUCAAACACAGCAGCAACAGCCCACGGAGACGGAGGCGCGAGGCGGUACGGGUGCCACGAUUCACAGCGAGAGUACAGAGACAAUCGAUGGCCCGAACGGCAUGGGCAGCAUCGAGACAGUCAGUGUCAGCGUUAACGGGGUACACUCGACUGGUCACGCGCGGGCGAUUACGCAAGGUGAGCUUUUGCGUCAAGAGCAGCGGGCUGGUGUAAUACCAAUGAGUCAACUCCACCGGGGUACAAGGAGGGCGCAACAGGCUGCGGUCAGCGAGCAGGACGAGGGCAGCGGCGGCGGCGAUGAGGACAAUGGCGAGGAGCAGCCCACUGACGAGGAUGCGAAGAAGGACACUGACGAGAACGCGGCGCCCACCGAGGACGGGGACGAAGAAACACCGCAUGCUAGAGGGCCUGAGGAAAUUGGCGUCAACGACACGGGCCCGCAGGGUGUGAGCACGAGCUACAUAGGGGAGGACGGGCUGCAGAUGCAAGGGAUCGAUGUGGAAUCUGCAGUGGGCCGAAGACAUGCCGAGGACGAUGCACCAGAGCAACCAGCGGCCGAACGAGCCGCGAGCCCAACAACAUCCGAAGUAUCAGGGACGAAGCGGGAGGCCGAGGACGAGCCACAAGAGCCGAAAUCCCCAAAGAAAUUGAAGGACGGCGAUGAUCACGAGAAGGGGGAGAAAGAAGGGGAGGCUAAGGAUGCUGAUUCCAUGGAUACGGAGAAAUAA